UGGGGGAUAUUUAAGCCGAAUUGUGUGCCAAAAUGUUUUUAAUCAGGCUAGAAAUGUUGCAUUACAAUCCAAUAUCAUUUUAGUAACUGAAAAGAGCAUUUCCCUGGCUUGCUAGUAUUUAAAUGAGCAUUUUUGGGUCCACGCACAAAUAAAUUAGAAACAAUUAGAGGGGGCUUUCCACGCUAAUGAAAACACCUUUAAAACUCUGCUAAUGCAUUGUUUUACACGUUAACAACGACUUGUGGUUUAAAACGAAAGAUUUAAAGUGUUUUAAAGGACUGUUGCUGUAGGAAGUCCAGACAAUGCAAUCACUAGACAGCCACGUGCUCGCAAAAGUUUGUGUCGCCUGAAACAGAAACUUUGAUAAAGCAGGACACGAUAGGCUAAACUCUUGUUUUUAUAACAACUAAACACAGCUUCGUUUGUUAGGUUUGUGCUCUUGUUUGUGUGUUCUCUUUAAAUGCUUAAUUUCCCUUAACAAAGUGAGAGAGCCCACAUGAACUGUAACAGCGUUGCAUGUGCGGUUAUUUCUGAAUGCGUGUUUAUUUGGUGCAAAACUAUCUCAAACAACGUGGUUAAAUGUGGCUAAUUUGAAUUAUUUUACAUUACUUUGUGUAAGUGGUAGGAGGACAUGAGUUUCAAUGCGUAACAGGAGGAGGAGUGAAGUUGGGACGCAAACGGGGCUCUUGUGUUGAUAGUCGGAAUAAAACAUGAUGACAGUCCUGUUAAUGCGUACCUGGAGCCCAGUUUGACCAAAACUGACAAAGAUGGUGUCUUCCUCCAUCUGUGUCUCCCUGUCAUCUAGGCAUUGCAUGUGCCAACUUUUUUCUGUGAAUAUGCCUUUGUGAGAAACUCUCCGUCUCGUCACCCUCGCCGGGAUUCCCCUCAAUAUUUUCACCGAGAGACGAGAAAAAAAAUCAGCAAAAAUGGACAAAGAAGGAGCUGGUACUCAAUAUGAACCCGUGGCCGAGAUUGGAGAAGGCGCUUAUGGGAAAGUGUACAAGGCGAGAGAUUUGAAGAACGGGGGACGCUUUGUAGCCCUAAAAAGAGUCCGGGUCCAGACGGCGGAAGAGGGGAUGCCUCUCUCUACCAUCCGGGAGGUGGCGGUACUGAGGCAGCUGGAAGCCUUUGAGCACCCCAAUGUUGUCAGGUUGUUCGAUGUGUGUACAGUCUCUCGGACUGACCGAGAAACCAAGCUCACGCUGGUCUUUGAGCAUGUGGAUCAGGACCUGACCACCUACCUGGAGAAGGCCCCUGACCCCGGAGUACCGCCUGAGACCAUCAAGGAUAUGAUGUACCAGCUGCUCCAGGGGCUGGACUUCCUGCACUCGCAUCGCGUGGUUCACCGUGACCUGAAGCCCCAGAACAUCCUGGUCACCAGCGGAGGUCAGAUCAAACUGGCCGACUUUGGUCUCGCCCGCAUCUACAGCUUCCAGAUGGCCCUCACCUCUGUGGUGGUGACGCUGUGGUACAGAGCCCCGGAGGUGCUGCUUCAGUCCAGUUACGCCACACCAGUGGAUCUGUGGAGUGUCGGCUGCAUCUUUGCUGAGAUGUUCAGGAGAAGGCCGCUAUUUCGAGGAAACUCAGAUGUUGAUCAGCUGGGAAAGAUUUUUGAUGUUGUUGGGGUCCCUUCAGUAGAGGACUGGCCCCAGGAAGUGGCCCUACCACAGAGUGCCUUCACCCCCCGGCCCCCGAAGCAAUUGGAGGACUUGGUUCCAGAUAUGGACGAGCAAGGGCAGGCCCUCUUGAUGCAAUUCCUCGCCUUCAACCCCUCCAGGAGGAUAUCAGCGUUUGCUGCGCUCAGCCACCCCUACUUCCAAAGUGUGGACAGCCACAGUAGGAGUGUGUACGCAGCCCAGCCCAUCCCCCCCAACAAGCCCACUAUGGAGGAGCGGACUGCCUGAUGGUCCUCCUUCGCUCUUAAUCAUCCCAUACAGUGUCUAUAAAAAGUAUUUUGCAAACCCUGCUUUGGAGUUUAUUCAUGUUUCUAUUUUUACAGCAUUAAAUCAUAGUGUGUUGAUUAAGCUUUUUUGACACUGAUUGACAUUUAGGAGUAUGCUUUAGGAGUAUUAGCGAAACAAAUGUACAAAAUGGAGGUCAUUUUGGUACAAAUAGAUUAAAGUGAUUGAUACAGAGGCAUGUAGAUGCACCUUUUGCAUUUAUAGCCUUGAGUCUAUCUGGUUAAAUCUUUUUUGCCAAAGUCCUCAAGCUCAGUCAGAGUAAAAUAGUAGCUUUAUAGUUCUGCAGCGAAUUCUAUCUGGAUUGUGAUUUAGCCACUUGGUUGAAGUCCUUCUAGAGAUAGUUCUUUGCUGAUUUUAAAGGUUAUGUUUUUUAGGUUGCUGUCCUGCUACAACAAUUGCAAUUGCUACAACAUGGAAUUACAAACACCAGGCUUUGCAUUGCAUGUUGUUAGUCAUAUAGCUAGAUUUUGGUGACAUCCCACCAGUCUUCUUUUACUUCUACAUGUCUUAGGGCAAAUGAAGGUGGAAAUGUCAUAUCAUUUCUCAACAGUGGCCUUCUCUUUGCCAGUUCACCAUAAAGCUAGAAAACCACUAAGGUGGCAGUUGCCAAAGGCGUAAAAUCUGAGUAUGAACUGAUUUGCACUACAUAUUCAAGUGCCUUCAUAUUUCACAUAUUUCCUUCCAUUGAUUAGUAAUUUCAAUAAACUUGCUUUUGUAGUCUAGUUUAUGCCACUUGUUGGGCCAUGCAAAUACAGACAUUUUGUUAUGACAAUCUGUGUCAAAAAAGCUUAACUAUGAUUUUGUGUUGUACAAAACAAAACACGAAAAAUGUCAGGGGGCAAAUACUUUUUUUUUUUUUAAGUCAAUAUACAAAGCUGUAGUAUUCCUACAGAGAGUGUAAAGAAAAUGACACCAAUACUCUCGCCAUUGAAAGAAAAUGCACAAAAGCUAUCCUCCUUCCAUUAACUGAUGGAUUGUAAUUGCUGCUUUUAGGUUAUUAAAUGUUGAUGAUCGACUGUGUUGACAAUGCAAAGACUUGCAUGUCAGAUGUACUGGUAGAUGGAGGCCAUGAAGUGGAGGCCUUAUUAUGACCAGUGUUCAAUAAGCCCUCUUGACUGGGGGACCGGACCACAGAGGAGUUAUGGUGGACAACAUGACUCUCACCUGCCUUUACCAUUAACUCUGUGUAUGUGCUUGAGCAGAUACACAGUACACUCACAGAUACAUACACAACAUUUAGUGUGUGCACUACCACUGACGUUAGCACACUCAUGUACACAGAUCCCUAUAGCAACAUUAUUGGGCAUCACAAGCCAGCCACUCACUGCCAAGUCGUGUCCAUAGACUGUAUAAAAUAGGUUAUCUUAUCAUUCCAGUCCUACAUGUAUUAUAAUACUGCAACCUUGAGGAUGUCCUUGGUAACUGCAGACCAGUAGCGGGAUUCUAAUGGUUUCUGCACUCUUCAAGGAGCUCAUCGUAAUGGGCUGAUAUCAGUGCUGAGACAAUGAUGAAAAAAAACCUAAUGUACACGCUCCUGCCACCAACAGGCAUGCAAUAGGUGGACAAAGUCCCACCAGCACUAUUCCAACAUGAAUACAUUUGGCACAGAAUAGAGUCGCCAAUAUUCUGUAUUUAAUUGUAAUGUUAUAUGCUUGUUUUCAUCAAGUUGUUACUUGAUUCUUUUUUUCAAUGAUGCUGGGGCAUACAAUAUUCUUACACCAAUUAUACCAACUCUUUAGACAAUUAUAGAAUUUGUGUAAGAAUAGUUUUACAAUGUAAGGAAUGUGUAAAGGAUAGGCAUUGGUACUGAACUUUAUAGAUUGUUAAGUACACGCUGUAAUGAUAGAAAGCUUUGGAUACGUGCCCAUAGAUAUGUCGUAAAAAUGGAUAGAUGUAAGGUAGCGAUGGGUCAGUGGAAGGUUGUUUGGCAGGAGUAUUUUUGUCUAUUGGAAAUAAUUGGUGGGCUCUGUGGGUGCUUAUUAAAUGCAUUUGCCUUGGAUCCAGAGCUGUGAGUUUUACAGUGGUUUGAAAAUGAAAUAAUGCACGAAUAUUUUGUGUACAGUUUUCCCUUUUUUUAAAGUCAUGUCCACAUAUAUUCAAAAUCAGUUUGUUUUUUUUACCAGCGAAAAAAGCAAGUUAUGCAGAGUUGUAUUUUUGUAUUUAGUAGUUCUUGCAGAACAGUAACAUUUUAACACUGGUUUAUGUUUUCUUAACAGGUAGUGCUGCUAGCACACACACACAGACACACUCUUUCUCAGGUUCUUGGUAUUUUCGUCCAAACCUUUUGGGCACAGUUUGCACAUCCCUUGGCUACUCAUUUACAACAUCAUAACACAUUCAGGUUUUCUUCAAGCUGUUCCAUGAUCAUUUCAUUGAUCAUACUCUACUGCCAUUUCUAUUUAUCAAAUAUAUGUUACUGUAGUCAUUACUGUCUGAGGAUAACUGCCUGUAUCGACUGGUUUUGCCAGCAACUUUUAAUUGCUAAAUGGCGAACACAAUGUAGGUUCAUGUUUGUCUGCUUGAUUAAGCACUGUGUGAUUUUAUUUUUAAAUGUCAUAACAACUCACAUCUGAUGUCAGUGGUGUGUUCAAUGUAAUGAAAGCUAUAAAUAUAAUUUUUUUUCAAAUGACUUAAUACAUUUCAAAACUGAACUCUGUUGUUGAUCCAUCAUAUAACUCAAAUUAAACUGUGUCACAUUUGUUUCUAUCAUAAUGGAAAUGGUUACUAGGAACAACACAAUCAUGGCAUUAUACUUGUGUAUGAAUGCAGGCAUUGGUGUCUUAUUAUUGUGUUGCACCAGUUGAAUAAAAAGCAGCUUUUUGUGAA